AUGCCGAACAAACUACAGGACCUCCAUACUGUUGACAGUACCAACUUCCCCUAUGUUUUUGAGCAGAAUGUUACGGUCCGCUUGAAAUUUGGGGGCGUGGUCCGCUGCAACGUCUACCGGCCCAAGCCGGAUACUCCCGUCCCGGUCUUGGUCACAUACGGGCCGUACGGGAAGGAUAUUCAUUACAAGGAUUUCAUUCCGAAGUACUCAGAGGUCAAUCCUCGCCAUAAGUCUGAUCACUCGGCGUGGGAGACACCUGACCCCGGGUUUUGGACCGAGCAUGGCUACGCUGUCGUCCGUGCAGACGAGCUGGGCCUUGGGCAGUCCCCAGGCAAACUGGAUACAAUGUCUCGAGGGACCACAGAUGCAUUUGUUGACGUCGUCGAGUGGGCUGCCGAGCAGCCGUGGUCCUCGGGCAAGGUUGGCCUGUUAGGUAUCAGCUAUUAUGCCGGGAGCCAAUGGAGAGUGGCUGCCCGCAAACCCAAGGGCCUUGCGGCCAUUGUUCCAUGGGAAGGCAUGUCGGACUACUACCGGGAUCGAUGCCGCCAUGGUGGAAUCUUGUCCAACGCUUUCAUCAAGUUCUGGUGGAACAGGCAGGUCAUCACCAACCAAUAUGGACGGCCCGGCCGUGCUGCGUCUAACUGGGGCCCGGACACCAUCGAGGGUGAUCUCUCGGAAGAGGAGCUGGCCGCCAACCGCCAGGACCAAACCAUCGACAACCAGAAACACCUGUACCGCGACGAGGCGUACUACGCAUCCAAAGAAUACGACAUGGGCGACAUCGAAGUCCCGCUCCUCUCCGUCGGCAACUGGGGUGGCAUCCUGCUUCACCUCAGGGGCAACAUCGAGGGCUUUACCCACGCCGGCUCCGAGUUCAAGUACCUGCGCAUGAUCACGGGCCGCCACGAUCUGCCCUUCUACUACGACGACGAAGUCGAAGUCCAGCGCAGCUUCCUCGACGCCUUCCUCAAAGGCGACGAUCGCGUAGGCUGGUCACAACCCGGCAAGGUCCCCCCCCUCUACGAACGCCGCGAAGAAAACGAAUGGCCCAUCGCCCGCACGCAAUACACACGCUACCACCUCACCCCCGACCUCACCCUCACCUCCCACCCCGCCACCCCCAUCCCCAAGCAUAAACUCACCUACCGCGCCCUCGGCACCAUGCAGAACCCCCACCUCCUCCAAUUCACCACGCCCCCCUUCCCCUCCGAAACCGAAAUCACCGGCCACAUCGUGGCCCACCUCUGCAUCUCCGCCUCCCCGGACCCCGCCAGCCCCACCAUCCCCUCCGACAUCGACCUGUUCCUCACCCUCCGCUACCUCGGCCCGGACGGCGCCGAGGUCUUCUACACGGGCACGGCCGGCGACCCGGUGCCGCUGACCAAGGGGUGGCUGCGCGCGUCGCUGCGCAAGGUCAACGCCGAGCAUCCCAAGCAUAGGGCCUGGUUGCCGCAGAGAGAUUAUACGAGCCGGGAUGUGCUGAGUGUGAUUCCGGGGGAGGUAUCGGUCGAGAAGUUCCAGGGAUUCAACCACGUCCAUUUCGGGCCGCGGUUUGAGAACUAUGUCACCCUACCGAUCAUUCCAAACAGAAAGGAGUAG